AUUCCUCUAUUAGGAACCGAAACUGACUUUUUCGCUGGACAUCGAGCUUGUCCAUGCUUAGAAGGUCAUUAUCGAACCCACCUAUUUGAGGGAUGUCGCGAAUGUGGUAAAGAUGGACUUAUUUGCCAGAAAGAAUAUGCCUCCUUAAGACCUGGUUAUUGGUGGCAAUGGCGUAACGAUUCUUACAAACGUCGUUAUCAAGAUUUUAUAAAAAAUCUCGUGGAAUCUAAACCAGCAUUAGAUGAGCAUUCUGUGCAGUAUCCUUAUGCACUCCCAACGCCGUAUAGGUGCCAAGUACCAGAGUCCAGUAAGGGUGGAUUGGACUCACCAUGUGCAGAUGGAUAUGAGGGACCUAUUUGCUCCGUAUGCAGCUCGGGAUACUACAAGCAAUUCCACAGAUGCAAAAAAUGCCCAUCAAAAUCAUGGAUCGUGGGACAGUUAUCUCUUGUUGCUGUCACUUUCUUAAUAACAUUUUCUCUGUUGGCAUGGAAGAGGAAAACGAAGCUUAAAACAGAGCGUGCUCUCGAUCUUAUGGACAAAUCCUUAUCCAAAUUUAAAAUCUUGAUAGGAUUUUACCAAGUCACUCAUGGCUUACUAGACGUUUUCUCUUAUAUCAGCUGGCCAGACUCGUUAGAAGUUGUUGCAAGGUAUUCAGGAAUACUGCAGAUGAAUUUGCUUCAGGUGGCACCCAUUCACUGCCUUUUUCCAGGAUUACACAUGAACGCAUUUGGAGACUUGUUUCUAAUCUUGUCAUUGAAUGCAAUUGUCAUCAUCGCUUCGGGUUUGAUCUUUGACAUUCGCAAGAUGAUUAUCUUUGGCAAUAAAAGCUUACUUGACGAAGAAAAGUUAGCCAAAACUUCACAACUGAAAGAAAUCGUGUUCAAAAAUCUAUUUUUCAUCCUUUAUGUGACUUAUUUGACUUCGUUUUCAAAGACAGCCAGUGUUCUGCCACUUGCUUGCCGUAAACUGUGCAAGGACAAAAAAGAACAGCUGUGCAACGAGUACCUCAAAGCAGACUACAGCGUGAAAUGCCAAGGCCAAACAUAUGACCAAUUGCUGAUUGUAGCCUACAUUUCCAUUGCGUACAUCUUUGCCCAACCUGCUGCGUCUUUUGUCGCCCUUUGGAGGCAUCGGCGAGCAAUAUCAACCACAGUAAACUGUGAUGGGUCACACGUUGACAAGGAAACCGUUGGAGGUCUGCGGUUUCUUUUCGAAAACUACAAACCGUGCUCAUGGUAUUGGGAGCUGGUUGAAAUGUCUCGGAGAGUAAUUCUUACUUCUGGCCUUAUUCUCGUAGGUCAUGAAAGCAGGUCCUACAUUGGUCUGGCAUGGGUCGUGGCUGGUGUGUAUGGAAUUCAUUUCUCUUGGAUGAGACCCAUACAGGACCCGUUCGAAAACAGAUUAAUGACGACUUCCCUCGCCGUUACAGUUGUCAACUUAGGUAUCGGUGCUGUCAGCAAAAUUCCAGCAGAAAAUAUAUCGAACGCAGAGGAUAAACACAUGGAUGCCAUUUCAAUGAAGAUACUGAUUCUUGGAGCAAAUACUCUCGUGAUUGGGCUUCUCGUUGGUAAGAAGUAGUAAUAAGUACUCUUAUUUUAUGCACUAAAUAUUUGAAUCGUAAUAUCUCUUUUUGCUCGCCAAUUUGCACAUAACUAAGUUGAUAAAGCAGUAUUAAAGUUUUUGUUUUAUGACAGUUUUUUGAGCAGAAAUAACCCUUAUAUAACCCUUAUAUUAAUUUUACCUUUGCUGUUGGUUGAAAUAAUCCGUGCGCGUUUGGAAUAUUAGUCAAAGGACAGUCCAAUAUUUAACUUAUCUAACUGAACAGCCAUGUGAUAUGGAGAACGAAUCUGAAAAGAUACAAUCAUUUGAAUUCUAUUUAUUUUAUCUGCAGUUCAAUACCUGGUGUACGUAUAUCAGUACUUCAAAGAGUGGCGUAAGAACCCGCAAUGGUCCAUCUCGUGCUGCUUGGCCGUGCUCCUUCCUCUUAAUGAUUUGCAUGGCGAAAUUCGCGGUAUGGUUGGAAAGAACAUGCUUAAAGCACAGCUUCAGACAAGUAUGAUUAGAAAACCUUCCAUUGAAAAAGACCGUGGAGCUCUGAGUUUCACUCUGUCUCGAGGAGAACGUAGAGGUAAUGACGAGAAUACAACAAAUUCACUUGAGCAAAACUUGAUGGUAAAGAAACAUCGCAAGUACCGCCGAAUAAUGAAGAAUGACCAUGGGACACAAACAGAGGCCACUUCGCCACCGAUUCUUACUUCACGCGGGUUAUUGGAACCAGCAUACAUCUCUGUGAGUACUGAAUGUUGUUUCUUUACCAAAAUGGUCUAUGUUGUAAUCAGGUAA